AUGGUUUGUAAAUUAAGGAACUCAAUAACGAAAGCGCCACUGCUUAAGGAAGACUCUCCCGUGGGGAAUGGUACAGGCCUGACCGUUAAAGCCCUCUCCUUAACUAUCAAACGCGUACCACCCACCAAAAAAACCAUCGUUGGAACCCACCCUAUUCCUACACCACCAAACCGUCAUCGCCAUACCAUACGCACCACCAACUCACCACCCAGCUGUAACAGUACCGAGCUUCUCCACUUUCUUGGUGCUUUACAUGUUACCUUGGAUCACUUCGAUGUGAAAGAAAUAAGUGCUUGA